AUGAAUACUAUUUUAAAUAUUCCACUUACUCGACAAAUCACAUUUGGCUUUUUAAUUACUUUAAUACUUCCAUCUGCUCUUAGUUCUUGCUUUGUAUUCUACCGUAUUACACAAAAGAAACAGAUAUUUAAGCAAUUAAAUAAUCAAUUUAUUUUUUGUCUUUUUAUCGUUUAUUUCAUUCAGACAACAUUGGAUUUACCUUUGACAAUUAUCUUUCUUUAUCAAGGUGUCGUAGCCAUACAAACUCAAACAUUUUGUACAUAUUGGUAUAUUUUAAUAUCUGUUCUUGAUAUGUGUACGAUGUAUCUGAAUGCUUAUUUAUCAAUUGAACGUUAUUUACUCGUAUUUCACAACAAAUUUCUAUUCAAAUAUAAGAUUAUUUUACAUUACAUACCAUUGGUUCUAAUUCCCAUCAGUUCAUUCAUCUUUGUAUAUGGUGCUGUCAUGCUCUAUCCGUGCGAAAAUCAUUUUGUUUAUUACGCUGUUGUAUGUGGUACUUCAUGCUCGGUCUUAACUCCCGAUUUUGGAGUCUUUGCAUGGAUACUUUCAUUUGUUGUACCACUGAUGAUUGUUAUCUUUUUCAAUGUUUUUCUUCUCGCAAGAGUUCUUCUUCACAAACGACGAAUGUUACAAAAAGACGUUUGGCAAAAAAAUAAAGGCAUGGUCUUACAACUUUUAUCGAUCACUGGAAUGUUAUACAUUUCCUGGCUGCCUAUCACUCUUACUACGGUCAUCAGUCUGGCACAUCCAACACCAGUUUUAUCAGAAAUUCAAGGCUAUUGGUUAUUGCUUGGCUUAAUUUACAUUCCUGUACUAUGUUCGCCAAUAACAGCAAGUUUUGCAAUACCAGAACUGCGAGAUGAUAUUCGUGGAUGGCUCAGUCAAAGACGUCCGCGUGUCGGUACCACUCGAGCUGUUCCCGUUAACCCAACUGGAACACAUUGA